AUGAUUUCCUGGGCUUCUUUAGAGCCGUGUGCGUACACAAGAUCAUUGUGGUGAAUAAAUUUGUCUUCAAUUGUAAAAAAUGUCUCAUUGCUUAACAAAAUCUCUUGGUGAAGACCAUUGGUUUGACGGCCAAGGAACACUUUGCAUAUAUCCACUCUAUUUUUUUUUUUUUAGGAAAGUGGUCAACCUUUGUUCUGUCAUUCUUCGAAAGUCACCCAUCUUAAGAUCACUUUUUAUUAUGCAAGACAUUGAUGUGGUAGUUUUUUUCCAUUUCCCGAGACAUGAUUUUUUGUUUUCGAAUAGGAUUUCUUCUGAUUCGAGCAGCUAGUGCUCUCACUGCAUUUGCCGUUCUCACAGUGCGGGAACAUCCCUGUCGAAGUAUGUCACAUACAGAUAGGGUCUCAUUAUAUCUAUUUAUAGUGCGGUACAGGAACAUACGGCUGAUACCCAAAGGUUUCAAAGUGUUGAAAAUCUCUGACCUACAUUUACCAACUUUGUCUAAUUGGUAUUAUUAUCCUGACAUGUAAAGAAAAUAACUUGAUAAUUAUGAGGUAAUUAUUAUCUAAAUAA